AUGGAGCAGAAACAUGGCGAGACCCAGCGUAUUGAGCAUGUCACCGAUGAUGUACAACCAGAUGAUGCUGCAAACCAUCUAAUGCGUUCCAAAGAGGAUGAUCUGUCAGUCUGGAAAAGUUUGUCGCGAUACAAGCUGGUUGGAACCCUCGCCAUGGCAGCGGCUUUUAGCGCGUCCUUGGACGGUUACCAAAUUAAUCUCAAUGGUGGUAUCGUGGCCAACAAAGGCUUCAUUGCGCAAAUGGCCAGCCCCGGAACCUCGAUCAUCAAUGCAAAGUACGUUUCCGCGUGGGGAGGAAUCCAAUCCGCUGGUCAGACGGUCGGUCAAAUUGGAAUUCAAUUUGUCACUGACAAAUGGGGUCGCAAAGUGACCCUUUAUAUUAUCUGGAUAAUCAUGGUCAUAAGUGUGAUGAUCGAAAGUUUCGCUACCCGAUGGGACCACUGGCUCGUCGCGAAGCUCUUCGCCGGAAUGGCCGUUGGUAUGCUGCAGUGUACUAUGCCUCUCUACCUGUCCGAGAUUGCUCCCACCCAGCUACGUGGUUUGUUCAUCAACGCAUACAGCUUUUGGUUCGUCGUUGGUCAAUUGUUCGCAUCGGUCGGUCUGAAUGAGUUAAAGUCCGUUGAUCCGUAUAAUUUCCGAACCCCUAUCUACUCACAGUGGGCGAUGAUUGGUGUCAUAGCUAUCAUCUUUGUUCUUCUCCCUGAGAGUCCCUGGUGGCUGGCCAGCGUGAAUAAAUUGGAAAAGGCAAAGAAGGUCCUCCUGCGGUACCACGGACAUAUGGAGGGAUAUAACGUACAGCAGCAAGUGGAUAUUAUGACUACUACCGUUGCAGCGGAGCGUGAACAAGCCGAGCGCAAUGGAGAACUGGGCUUCUGGGUAGUUUUCCAAGGUCGCAAUCUGAUUCGGUUCAUCAUUGCUGGAUGGCCCAAAAUCGCACAGCAAUUCGUCGGCCUUACUGUCUUCAACACAUACGCCACAUACUUCUUCCAAUAUGCUGGCAACAAAAACCCGUUCCUUGUUACACUCAUUUUGUCCUGUGUGCAGCUAAUCUCCAUGAUAAUGACCGCUACCCUCACCGAUCAGUAUGGUCGCCGACCUCUCACCGUCUAUCCUUACGCAGUGACUGUACUAUCUGUGCUCUGCCUCGGCAUCAUCGGUUGCUUCAAUUAUACUGAAAAAGCGACUAGCUCACUUCUGAUCUUCUUUGCGUGCCUUGCCACAUUCUCUACCACUGGUGCCUCGGGAAUUGGAUACGCCUACGCCGCCGAGAUCCCCCAGCAACGUCUCCGCGCGCGGACCGCAGCUUGGUCCCUUGCUGUGUCCAACAUGAUUGGUAUAAUGUUCAGCUUCUGCACUCCAUUGAUGAUUAACGGAACAUCCACAAAGUGGGGCGUAAAGACCGGGUUCUUCUUCGCCGCUACCGGAGCCAUUGUUGUUGUGAUUGCCUGGUUCAUUCUACCUGAGGUCGCCCGUCGAACACCUGGUGAGAUUGAUGAGAUGUUUGAAGAGCGGGUAAAUCUCCGAAAAUUCAAGAACUAUGUGACGAUGGUACAGCUUCAAGCGGAGGCCCAAGGCGAGAAACAAUCGAAAUUCGAAGCCUAG